ACUCAACAGACAAACCCUCUCUCUGUAAUCUGUAGCAUACAACUUCAUAGAGAGGAGAAAGAACAAAGAGGGUGGUGAUUCGCAGAGAUGUUUCUAACACAGCAAAUCCCUAGAAUCCAUUCACAUUUCUUCGCAUCUCCUAAAACCCCCAAAUUCUUCCUCAUCACUUCCGCUCUCUUAUCCAAUUCAAAAUCCCCAAUUCCUCUACCUCCGCCUCCGCCCCCGCCCCUCUCCCACUUCUCCACCCUCACUCCAACCCCCACCGCCACGCCUGAAGACCAAGAGAGCCUGCAGCUGUCGCUCGAAUCGCUCUUCCUCCCGCCGGAGACAGACGUCUCGUCGCUCAAGGAGGCGCCGCUGACCGCCAGGAUUCUCAAGGGCUCCAACAUCGUGCUCAGCAAAUUCGCUGGCCACGGCGUCGAUGUCGUCAAUGCGGACUUCGUGAAGAGCAGCGUCAAGACAGAGGAAUGCCCCGCCGACGGGGCGCCGGAGUUCGCCCUCGUCGGCCGCUCCAAUGUUGGGAAAUCGUCGCUGCUCAACUCGCUCGUCAGGAGAAAGCGCCUCGCCCUCACCUCUAAGAAGCCCGGGAAAACACAAUGUAUCAACCAUUUUCGGAUCAAUGAUAGUUGGUACCUGGUUGAUUUGCCCGGCUACGGAUUUGCUGCUGCACCUCAUGAGGUUCGGACUGACUGGGCCAAAUUCACGAAAGACUACUUCCUCAACCGCCCGACUCUUGUCUCUGUAUUUCUUUUGAUUGAUGCCAGCAUUCCUGCAAAAAAGAUUGAUCUUGAGUAUGCAAGUUGGUUGGGACAAAAUGAGAUUCCUAUGACUUUGGUAUUCACCAAGUGUGACAAACGUAAAAAGAAGAAGAAUGGAGGGAAACGACCUGAAGAAAACGUCCGCGACUUUCAGGAAUUGAUACGCGAUUUCUUCAAGUCCACCCCACCUUGGAUCAUGACGAGCAGUGUCACAAAUCAAGGCCGAGAUGAAAUCCUGCUGCACAUGUCCCAGCUCCGAAACUACUGGCUGAAGCACUAAUUUGAUUGUAGUUCCUAAUCCUGUGAGCCAAUAUCCUCUAUAAAUCUUGGUCUAUACCACAAUUAUGGUGCAUAAUUUUCUUUAAUGGUAGUGACUGUUCUAGACUAGACUAGACUAGACGUAGACGUAUCAAGGGAGAAUGAACUUGUUACGAAAACGAGAUGCCAUUGUAGGAAAAGUCGGCCUCUUUUUAUCAGCUUUGUAGCCAUGUUGUUGGCUGGAAUGGAAGUUAAGUGACGGGCUUCAGACGACAAAGGAAAAGGAAGGAGUCACAAUAGGGUUGCUGUUUAGCUCGAUUAUUCGGCUCAUCCGGACCCGUCAGCUACACAUUUAAAUUUGCAACUGUGUCUGUGAUGGACCACAAUGUUUAAUUUCCCAAAAUAACCAAUUUGAAUGGCCCAUUAAAGCAUAUAUGAAUAAAAAUUUAUUGAUUCUA